AUGAAGCAGAGCAUUCUUUCUUCAGUUUUUGUUGGAGUUUUGGCUUGCUGGGGUGCUCUCUCAGUUAUUGCAGAAGACAGAUAUUUGUACUUCACAUGGGAAAUUACAAACGGAACAGUUUAUCCUCUAGGUUUUCCACAACCGGGCAUUCUGAUCAAUGGUCAAUUUCCCGGUCCUACAAUUGAAGCCAUCACCAAUGACAAUAUCAUUGUAAAUGUCAUUAACAAGCUGGAUGAAAAAUUCCUCAUUACAUGGAGUGGUAUAAAACAAAGAAGAACAUCAUGGCAAGAUGGAGUUUUAGGAACCAACUGUCCUAUCCCUCCUAACUCCAACUGGACAUACAAGUUCCAAGUAAAAGAUCAAGUAGGAACCUACACAUAUUUCCCAUCAACCAAAAUCCACAAAGCUGGCGGUGGUUUUGGGGGAUUCAACAUUGCCCAAAGAUCUGUGAUAUCCAUCCCAUAUCCUGCUCCUGAUGGAGAAUUCACCUUGCUUGUUGGAGAUUGGUACAGAAACGAUCACAGAGUGCUAAGGAGACUACUGGACGCUGGAAAGAGUCUUCCUUAUCCCGAUGCUCUUCUCAUAAACGGCCAAAAAAAUGCUGCUGUAUUCACUGGGUUAGCUGGGAAGACAUACAAGUUUAGGGUGUCGAAUGUUGGUUUAUCAACCUCGUUUAACUUCAGGAUUCAGGGGCAUGAAUUGAAGCUGAUUGAAGUUGAAGGUGCACACACAAUCCAGGAAUCGUACAAGUCCCUUGACGUUCAUGUGGGGCAAUCAGUGACUGUUUUGGUCACACUUAGUGGGUUAAUCAGUGACUAUGCCAUUAUUGCAUCUAGCCGUUUUACCGGCCCCAGUGUUCUCACUACCACAGCAACUCUUCGCUAUGCUGGCUCCAGCAGUAAGGCCCCAAUCCCAUUGCCUCAAGGCCCAGAAACUAAUGAUGUACAAUGGUCCAUGGAGCAAGUUAGAACCAUUAGACUGAAUUUGACAGCAAAUGCAGCUCGGCCAAAUCCUCAGGGCUCAUUCCACUACGGAACCAUCCCUGUUGUAAGGACACUUCUAUUGGCAAAUUCCAAAGCCUUAAUAGAUCGAAAGCUACGAUAUGCAGUGAAUGGAAUUUCCCACAUCAAUCCAAACACCCCAUUGAAGCUUGCUGAUUGGUUUAACAUCCCCGGAGUCUUUAAUCUCAACACCAUCAAAGAUGUUCCUCCUCCUCCAGGCACCCUUGCCAAACUAGGCACAUCAGUCAUAGGAUUUGCCCUCCAUGAUUUUGCAGAAAUAAUCUUCCAGAACAAUGAAAACUACAUUCAGUCCUGGCACAUGGAUGGAUCUAGCUUCUAUGUUGUUGGAUAUGCCAAUGGCUUGUGGACCCCUGAUGCUAGAAAGACUUACAACUUGAUUGAUGGGGUUACUAGACACACUGUUCAGGUGUAUCCAAACUCAUGGAGUGCCAUUUUGGUAUCUUUGGACAAUAAGGGUAUGUGGAACUUGAGGUCUGCAAUCGCGGAAAGACGGUAUUUGGGACAAGAUUUGUAUCUAAGGGUGUGGAACAAUGAGCAGAGUUUAUACACUGAGACUCUUAUCCCUCCCAAUGCACUGUAUUGUGGCAAGGCUAAACACCUCCCCAAGGCAUAG